CUGCCCACUGUGGACUUCCCUGGGUUUAGGGGCACUGUCUCUGCUACCCCAGGGCCCCACGGGCAGGACCUGCCCACCCCGUUUCCCGUGAAGCUCCAGCCCCACCGUUGCCUCUGCCACGGAUCCAGCCAGGACGUUGAGGAGUGGUUCCCCAUCCACCCUACCUGGUCCCGCCAUGGCGGCCCCCACAGGGCCUCCUCGAAUCCCGGCACCCACGGGCGAGUGAAGCUCAGGCAGAGGCCCUGCCCCCACUCCCCCGCCUCACAGCUCUACUGUGAGGUCAGCGCCUUCCGAUGAGUUCUGUCCAGAGGUGUGUGUGGUGGGGCUGGGGCUGGACAUGGCCCCCGGUCCCCAGCCUGGCUCCUGCCUGUUUGGCAGCCCCCUGGGUCUCUGUUUGUCCCUUUGGCUCAUCCCUGCUGCAGUUGGAUCCUAUUGCGACUGCAGCCUGGGCCUCAGCCGAGAGGCCCUCAUCGCCCUGCUCGUGGUGCUGGCGGGCAUCGGCGCCAGCUGCUUCUCCGCCCUCGUCAUCGUGGUUAUCGGCGUCCUCCGGAGCAGGGGUGAAACGUGCUCCGAAACCAUGGACAGCCGAACGGUGGAGCACUACGGGGUCCAGGAGGAUCACAUGGACCUGCAGACGGUGCACAUGGAGUCCCACCUCAUGGAGCCCCUGCAGAUGGAGCAGGUGGAGCCCCACCUCAUGGAGCCCGGGCUGGAGGUCUCCCUGAUGCCGCCCCUAGAGGGCCACAGCCUCAUGACCAUCCCCAUGGACCCCUCCCUGACCCUGGAGAAGCCCCCCCCACCGGAGUGGAGCUGUGCGCAGCUGCCGGAGGGGAAUUAAACAGUAUUUAGUCGU